GGAAAUGACCUCAGAGGCCAGAAAUACUUCCCACACUGUAAGCGAGUUCAUCCUCUUGGGCUUCCCUUGCCGCUUGGAAAUACAGAUCUUCCUCUUUUCUGUGUUCUUUGUGACAUACAUCCUGACCCUCCUUGGAAACAUGGCCAUCGUGUGUGCAGUGCGCUGGGAACGCAGGUUCCACACCCCCAUGUACAUCCUGCUGGCCAACUUCUCCUUCCUAGAGAUCUGCUAUGUCAACUCUGAUGUACCCAACAUGCUGGCCAACUUCCUCUCUCAGACUAAAACCAUCUCCUUCACACAGUGCCUCCUCCAAUUGUACUUCUUCUUCUCACUGGGCACAACUGAAUGCCUGUUUCUCUCCAUCAUGGCCUAUGACCGGUUCCUGGCCAUCUGCCGGCCCCUGCAUUACCCUACUAUCAUGACUACUAAGUUCUGCAGCAACCUGGUCAUCUUUUGCUGGGUGUUUGGUUUUCUCUGGUUUCUGAUCCCAGUGAUAUUUGUUACCCAGCUCCCAUUUUGUGGACCAAAUGUGAUUGAUGACUUUUUGUGUGACCUGGGUCCUCUGCUGGGCCUGGCUUCAGCCUGUGUCCCUAUCCCAGGGACUGUUCUCAUCUGUGGCACCAUGAGCUCCCUCCUCAUCUUUGCCACCUUUUUCUACAUCACUGGCUCCUACACCCUGGUACUGAGGGCAGUCAUGCAGGUACCCUCAGCUGCUGGCAGGAAGAAGGCCUUCUCCACCUGCUCCUCACAUCUGGCUGUCGUGUUUCUAUUCUAUGGUUCUGUCAUGAUGACAUACGUGAGCCCAGGUUCUGGACAGGCAGAGGGCAUGCAGAAGUUCACAACUUUGUUCUACUCAGUUUUGACCCCUUUUUUCAACCCUAUGAUCUACAGCCUCCGAAAUAAAGAAAUGAAAGAUGCCUUGAAGAAAGUUCUAGGAGUUUCCUAACACUUAUCUGUGAUAUUAAUGAAUUACUCCAAGAUGAGUUCAGAAAGUGAGCUUCCUGCCAGUGUAACAGCUGAGAAAACAGAAAGUAAAGGUGAACAUGUUGAAGGAGGCAUUUCAAAAUCUUACAUGCCAGAUCACCAAUGAAGCUUCCCUGGAAUGUCACUUUUAUUGCUAUU